GGCACCCACUCCACCGUAUAGCGGAUACACACAAGAUCCGUAUGGACCGCCAGACUUUCCUGGCUCCAGUAUCAUGGCCCCGUCAUUCUCCAUACCAAACCCAUUCAGAAACACUGCGAUGAACCAAUUGUUUCAUGGUGUAAGGCCAACGUCCACCCAGAGACCUUCCUCUGCAGGCUAUCUUGUAUCACCCGCAAAUGGGUAUGUGUCUUAUCAAGGAUUUGCAGGUCCGAACGAGCUCGAAGUGACCGCGGGCAAUGUGCAGGAUAUGGUUCAGGAAUCAGCUGCAUCGCCCGAGCUGUCAAUGGAAUACAGUCUGCGUUCUGAUGAGAAUACGUACUCCGACGUUGACUGGUCGAUUUUGGAUGCAGAUGCCACACUCUAGCCGUGGCGAGAACUGCUUUUCAUUGAGGGCCGGAACAAGUUGUAUUACUGUUCCUAGGAUAUGACCAGUUCCAGGGAUGCAGGAUCGGCGGAAAUUGUCACGCAGGCGAACGGAAUAGUGUUGUGAGGAUGAUCUUGCACACAGGCAACCGUUCUCAUCGAUGAACACCACGGAAAUCCAGAAGAGCAGCUGUUCCAGAAGCCAAGAUUGUUUUAGUUAGUUAAUUAGUAGAUUUGUUAUCAUCAUGAAAG